CGGGACGUGUAUGUGGACGGGGGCCAGACGAUUCGAAAGUUCCUCACCGCUGGGCUCCUUACCAGGAGCGCAAGAUACCAGACAAUCUAUUGAAAGAGACCCCACAUUUUACCCACUGCUAGAAUUCGCUGAGCAUGCCAGGUGCAAGGUUUCUUCCUGUAACUCAAGGGAAACCUAUGACACUGAAACACUGUGGCAUCACUGUGAUGGGCGCAUGGGCGCUUGACUCCCCCCCAAUUCCGCCUGCCCCUUGCCCGCGCGAUCCGCGUGUUCCGGAUUGCUUCAGGAUCCUCGUCAGCGAGGUUCCCGUGACGCUGGGCGACGGGGUGCCCUUGUUCAGUGCGCAGGACCUGAGCCGACUGAAGGAGGUGUCUUCCAGAAAGCUGGAGGGCGGAAUGCGUCAGGUCACCUACACGGCCAGAGCACGGCCGGAGCACGAGUGACCCGGGGUCAGAGAAAGUGGAGCCUUUCGGAGCGGGGCGGGCGGAGGGGAGGG